GCAGGUUGCCCAGUCCAUUGUGUUCUGCGGUGAUGAUGUUUUCACUGUCGUCCACGUCUGUUGACACCUGGCCUGCUGCCUGACCUCACUGACCUGUAGACACGUGAACAUCAUGCAUUGGAGCCUCCUGUACUUUAGACUACCAGCAGUUGUCAACCUCUCCUCAUCUCAGACGCUGCUUUCCUCGGGACAUCCUGCCACUAACAUCAUUCUCACAAAGACCAUCUCCGGGUUGAACAUACAGGUGCAUUGGACUACUGGUACUUUCACAAGGGUUAUCUUGACCAUCCACAUCCAUCAUCCCUUUAUUUAGCAUUGUUUGGAAGUGCUUUACCCACCCUCUUCACUGAUUUGGUCCACUACAGGCUGUCUUCUGUAUCUCCUCAUCACCUCCCAGAACUCCUUUGGUGGAUACAAUGCUGCAAUUCAUCUUAAUUAUCCUGUGGGCGUGUCCUUGUGUCCCGACGAAGGAGACAGGAAGAUGCCAAGGCGAAGCCUGCGAUGAAAGGACCUGGCACAAUGUAAACUGCACGACAGACGACGACUGCAACCAGCCCCACGCCGCGUGCUUUCAACACCUGUGUCGGUGUGAAGCUGGCUACUUCUACACAACGCCUUACGAUAUUUGCUCUGGCACUUGCAGCACAGGCGAGUUGCAGGACAACUUUACAGAGUAUCAUGACAGCGCUCUACGACGACACUACCUUGAUCGCUUGGAUGGACUCAGUCUGGAAGACUGCAAGGACAGGUGCCAGGCUGACAAGCGUUGCCUCACCUUCGAUUUCAGAGCCCAUGGAGGUCUGUGUCGGCUUCAUAAUGUCACCGCUCAUGAGUCUCCCUCACACUGGUAUCCUAAGACGAGUGAAGGCUGGACCCACUACCAGAGAUCCUGCAACUCCACUUUGGCCACACACCAUACCUGGUACAACUUACUGUGUAACACCAAAGUAGAUUGUCCAGACCCGAACAGCGAUUGUUUGUCACACAGAUGCCGAUGUCAUUCAGGAUUACACUUCAAUGAAACUGAGAAAAAGUGUGUUAUUACAAACGAGCUAAAGAAGUGGCACAAUAAAAGCUGCACGACAGACGACGACUGCAACCAGCCCCACGCCGCGUGCUAUCAACAUCUGUGUCGGUGUGAAGCUGGCUACUUCUACACAACACCUUACGAUAUUUGCUCUGGCACUUGCAGCACAGACGAGUUGCAGGACAGCUUUACAGAGUAUCCUGACAGCGCUCUACGACGACACUACCUUGAUCGCUUGGAUGGACUCAGUCUGGAAGACUGCAAGGACAGGUGCCAGGCUGACAAGCGUUGCCUCACCUUCGAUUUCAGAGUCCAUGGAGGUCAGUGUCGGCUUCAUAAUGUCACCGCUCAUGAGUCUCCCUCACACUGGUAUCCUAAGACGAGUGAAGGCUGGACCCACUACCAGAGAUCCUGCAACUCCACUUUGGCCACACACCAUAACUGGUACAACUUACUGUGUAACACCAAAGAGGAUUGUCCAGACCCGAACAGCGAUUGUUUAUCACACAGAUGUCUGUGUCGUUCAGGCUUCAAGUUCAAUAAAACCAGGAAUAAGUGUCGUGUUACAUGGUCAUGUGCAGACUGGAACGACAAAGGAGCAAAGAGUGGUGUCUACACCGUUCAGCCAAUAAACAAGAGAAUAUUUGUGACAGUGUGGUGUGAUAUGGACACUGCGGGCGGCGGCUGGCUGGUCUUCCAGAGACGUCGCGACUUCACAGUUGACUUCAACCGGAGCUGGACAGAAUAUGAAAACGGGUUUGGUAAACUCUCUGGAGACUUCUGGCUGGGGCUGUUCACGCUUGGCAAACUGGUAUAUACUGAAUUUGUUCGCUUGAGAGUGGACAUCAUAGAUAGGAGUGGACAACGUCGCUACGCUGAGUACAAGUUCUUGAUGCGCGGUGCUGAGGAUGACUACAAACUUGGCGUGUUCGACUACUCGGGUGACGCAGGAGAUGUGUUGCGACCUAAUGACAAAAGACAUUUUUCAACCUACGACCGAGACCCGACCGGCUGUGUCAGGACACGGAACAGCGCCUGGUGGUACCCGGAUGACUGUGGCAGCACUUACCUCAACAGCCCUAAUGCAAGGGGCAAUGUUUGGGGUAGCUUCAGCAACCUGCAGUUCUCGGAGAUGAAGCUGAAGCCAGUCGACUCAACACGUUGGUAUACACCGCCCCCCUGACGAUCUCACAGAUGAAGACGAAGCCAGACUAACAUCUUGUCUCCUGUACCCACUGCUUACACCGCCAGUCGACUGUUCACUGUUCACUACAGGUUCCACUGAUGAUGUGAGCUCAGUGUACAUUAACCUCUCGCAAUAGUCUAGCAUCUGACCCUAGUGCAGACUACUGUACUUUAAUUGUUUACUUUUAGUAUAUUGCCUGGUGAUUCUAUUAUACACGUGUUGUAUUACUUCUUUCAGAUUUGGGCUUGCUUUGAUAAACUAACAUGUUUACAAACGUCAAGUCUAAGUUUAGUAAUUAAUUCAGCAUUUAAUUGUGCCUAGGUUGUAGUAAACGUGUCAUGAACUGUCGCUAAUAGUUUAUAGUAAAAGUGUCAUGAACAAUAUAUUAGCUAUACACCUGAGAGUUUAUAGUAAACGUGUCAUGAACUAUAUAUUAGCUAUACAUCUAAUACUUUAUGUAAUGUUGGCGGUUGACUCAGUGUGAAUUGGUUAACAAUCAUCCGGGAGUUUCAUUUUCACAAUCAUGCAAAAGCACGGAUACUGAUUGUAUCCAACACUGCUGUUCAUUAUUUCCCUGCUGACGAUGACUGACCAUGACUCAGAUUGCUACAUUUUCUAAUUGUUUGGUGUUUAAAAGGCUUCAAGUUUAUUUUGUGUUAUGUUGUGAAACUUUACCGUGUCCUGUAGUUUGCUUUAUUUAAGCAAAAACUUACAUUUUCACAAACCUAUGAGCGAAGCUUACUUUUCGUAAAAACAAAUAGAACUAGUGCGAAGAAUGAACAGAUAUUUUUACAAAAGCAAUUAAAUUAUAAGUAGUAUUGUUGAUAUUUCUGCUUUGACUAAAUGUGAUGACAUCACUGUAAAUAUUACUUGUCCUUUAAACUAAUGAUAAAGGUAGUUGAUACAUCACAUCUCUUACUUAAUUGUACAAAACAAAUAAACUAUUUUUAUAUUUGUUUUACACUGAAGAGCUUUAACAGCAAGGCGCUAGCAAAGUCUCAACACACACCUGACGACACCUGUGUAUUCUUUGUGUAGAACUUCCACGACAAACUUUCUGUUACAAUAUUGCAGUUAGUGUGGCUGUAGUAGCUACCGUAGACUAGUGUGUGUGGCUGUAGUAGCUACCGUAGACUAGUGUGUGUGGCUGUAGUAGCUACCGUAGACUAGUGUGUGUGGCUGUAG